CCUCCAUCCUCCUAAUUCUGAAGACACGCUCUUCAACAAAAUUUACAUAUGCAUUUGUCCAUCCAAAGGACGCGCCAUUCUUUUAGUAAUUUCAGAAGAGACCUGAUUUUACGGGUUCCAGACCAUUCAAUUAUUUUCUGAGGACGACGCGGUUCACAACUCUGAAAGAGAACAAUCAAAAACCCAUUUACCAUGGCCCGAGUCAAUCGCUUUGGCUUUUUAGUCAUUGCGCUCACUUUCCAUUUGGUCUACAUCUUCUCGAUAUUCGAUAUCUAUUUCGUCAGUCCCAUUGUCUCUGGCAUGCGAGAGUUCGAGGUGGUAAGGCCAGAGAGUGUUGAAGCCCCUGCAAAGCGUCUGGUUCUUUUCGUCGGUGACGGCCUUCGAGCGGACAAAGCUUUCCAAUCAUUUCCGGAACCAUAUCCCAAGGACGAUGCAGAUCUCGUCCGCCGACCUCUUGCCCCCUUCCUACGAUCACGCGUCCUCGAGCACGGUACCUUCGGCGUAUCGCAUACCCGGGUCCCUACAGAGUCUAGACCUGGGCAUGUGGCUCUGAUUGCAGGGCUAUACGAAGAUGUGUCUGCCGUGACGACUGGAUGGAAACUGAACCCAGUCAAUUUCGACAGCGUGUUCAACAGGAGCAGGCAUACAUGGUCUUGGGGAAGUCCAGAUAUCUUACCAAUGUUUGAACUGGGCGCUGUACCUGGCCGGGUCGAUACAUACACGUAUGCCGCAGAAGAGGAAGAUUUUUCUCAAGACGCAGUUCAUUUAGAUCUCUGGGUCUUCGAUCGGGUCAAGGCGCUUUUCGCUGAUGCGGCCAAAAAUGCGACCCUGGAUGCUGAAUUAAGACAAGACAAGCUUGUCUUCUUUCUGCACCUUCUGGGGCUGGAUACGAACGGGCAUGCCUACCGACCAUAUUCGAAGGAAUAUCUUAACAACAUAAAAGUGGUCGAUGAAGGAGUGAAGGAAAUCACCAAGUUAAUCGAAGACUUCUAUAAUGAUGGCAAGACUGCUUUUGUCUUCACUGCAGACCACGGAAUGAGUGAUUGGGGUAGUCAUGGCGAUGGACACCCUGACAAUACUCGCACGCCUCUUAUUGCAUGGGGUUCAGGUGUUGCAAAACCGGUGACGACCACUGAUACGAUUGCACCAGGCCACGAUGAGCUGUCUGCAGAUUGGGAUCUGGAUCAUAUCCAAAGACACGAUGUUUCUCAAGCAGAUGUUGCCGCAUUGAUGGCAUAUCUUGCUGGUCUUGCUUUCCCCGUCAAUUCUGUUGGCGAAUUGCCGUUGUCAUAUUUAGCAGGAGAUAUUGCUAUUAGAUCCGAGGCUUUUCUCGCCAAUUCAAGGGGCAUACUUGACAUGUAUCGCGUCAAAGAAGAGCAAAAGAAGGCCACUGAGCUGCGAUAUCGACCCUUCAAGCCGCUUAGCGAUGAAGCACAUUCUAUGGAGCACCGCUUUUCAGUUAUCAGAAGUCUAAUCGAUCAAGGAAAAUACGAGGAAGCCAUACAGGAAACCGCCGCCUUUGUCAAGGUGGGUCUAGAGGGGUUGAGAUAUCUCCAAACCUAUGAUUGGCUUUUCCUUCGAGCAUUGAUUACCACUGGCUAUUUGGGAUGGAUCGCAUUUGCACUUACAACAGUCAUCGACCUUCACGUACUUCACGGCAAAACCGAGACUUCGAGGACCCGUCUCGGAAACAUUUUCUUCUCUUCCAUUCUUGUAUCACUUUACGCUUCUUUCAUUGUAUCAAAAUCGCCGUUCACAUACUAUGCUUACGCCAUAUUCCCCGUUGGCUUUUGGGAGGAGGUUUAUGCCCGCCGGAAUGCUUUGAUGGAGGGGAGGAAAGCCUUGUUUGGUCACAUCACGUCAGCUGGCGGUUUCGUAGUGCUCCUCUUGAAAGCUGUCAUUGGCUUGAUUCUUAUAGAAUCUCUAGCACUUGGGUAUACCCAUCGAGAGGUCUUCUCUAUAUUAUGGGCAGCUGCUGCCUCGUGGCCGGCGUUUUACGGAAUGGCUUUUCUGCAGGCAAACAAAGAGCUUGCAGGAACUUGGGUAGUAUCUUGCUUAGCCAUGAGCUCAUUUACUUUAUUGCCUGCUAUGAAGGUUGAAGAUGUCACCCUUAUCCUAUCCGGCGGCGCCCUAAUGGUUACAAUUGGCGUCUUGUACCUUGUUUUCGAGAAAAAGUUGCUUUCGAAGUCAAAAGUAGCCAGAGAUUCAACAGCAGCGGCGGAUAACGCUUUGUCCAGAUCGCUGGUCGGGAUUCAGAUUGGCCUCAUUAUCCUAGCCAUGAUCGUCACAAGGUCGAGCGCAUUGUCCCUGCAAGCCAAGCUAGGACUUCCACGUGGAAACCAGAUUGUUGGGUGGGCUGUUCUAGUUCUGCCUUUAAUUAUGCCAUUCUUGCAUCGUUUGCAACCAAACAAUCACUACCUGCACCGAUUGAUGGUCAUAUUCUUGACAUUUUCUCCGUUAUUUGUCAUUCUCACGAUAUCGUACGAGGGGCUUUUCUAUUUAGGUUUUUGCGUAACCUUAAUUACCUGGGUUCGCCUCGAGCACAGUGCUUACACAUACGACAAGCCACAGCUCAGACCCACCCCGAAUGGGACUGCUGCUGUCCCUGGCUCUCUAGCACCUUCUCCGUUCCGAUCGCUGACCUUAUCCGAUGCACGAGUCUCAUUCUUCUUCCUUACACUGCUCCAGUCAGCCUUCUUCAGCACCGGAAACGUCGCAUCAAUUUCGGCUUUCAGUUUAGAGAGCGUUUCUAGGCUGAUCCCUAUCUUCGACCCCUUUUCCCAGGGAGCAUUAUUGAUGUUGAAGCUGAUGAUUCCUUUUGCUUUGAUUUCGGCUAACCUGGGGAUCUUGAACAAGAGGUUAGGAGUAGCUCCGUCCGCACUCUUCAUGGUGGUGAUGGCUAUCAGCGACUUUCUCACUCUGCAUUUCUUCUGGGUUGUCAAAGACGAAGGAUCGUGGUUAGAGAUUGGAUCAACGAUCAGUCACUUCUGCAUUGCAAGCCUUCUUUGCAUGUUUGUGGCCAGCUUGGAAGGGGUGAGCGAGCUAUUCAUUGCUGGUGUGGAGGUUGAGGAUAGUUCACCACAGUUAACCAAAGAAAAGGAGCUCGGUGCAACUGUAAAUGGAAAAGCUUCCAACGGCAUACCGAGGAAGCCUGUCCCGAAUGGGAACAGUACAUAGUGUAGACGAAGGAUAUACGAGUGUCAAGUUCACGAUCAGGAAGCGGAGAUGAGGUCCUUCA